GCCCAUUGGUCGGCUGGAGUCCAGCCUUUGUUCCCGGCCGCCGAGAGGUGGCUGUUGCCGCGGGCGCAUCCGUCUGGCGUCCGCCGCUUCUGCGGGGGUGGUCGAGGGUCGGCCCUCCGCGAGUGGACCGUCCCCACAGCCACGGAACGCCGAGCCUGCGCCUCUCGGGCGUGGAGUCCGCGAGCCUCCUCGCAAAGCUGAGGCGUUUCUCCUCACAAAGCGGUGACUCUCGGGCUUCCUGGAGUGCUGACGGGCGCCGGCCGCUCCCCGACCCAGAGAGAACCGGGAGUCGCGUCGGCAGCGGGCACUUUCAGUCAGAGCGCAGAGCUAGUCGGCCUGGGCGCCCCGGUGCCCUUCAGCGCGUGUGUGCUCACGGCAGCUUUCGUCCUUUCUCCGCCGCAACGGCGUUCUGUGACGCGGUUCCGAGAGGUUCUCCUUGGGGUCGCGCGGGGCAGGGUUAAUCUCCGACGCAGCGCACGAUGGCCGCAGCCCCGGCACCCGCCGGACGAGGACUGCCAGUAGUGAAGGCCGAAGACCGUCGCGGCGGACAGGACUGCGCCUCACACUGCACCCCUCACAGGAGGGAAGUCUUCCGGCAGCACUUCAGGAAGCUCUGCUACCGCGACGCGCCCGGGCCCCGGGAAGCCCUCACCCAGCUCUGGGAGCUCUGCCGCCAGUGGCUGCGGCCCGAGUGCCACACCAAGGAGCAGAUUUUAGACCUGCUGGUGCUGGAGCAGUUCCUGAGCAUCCUUCCCGGGGACCUGCAGGCCUGGGUGCAGGCGCACCACCCGAGGACGGGCGAGGAGGCCGUGACGGUGUUGGAGGACCUGGAGCGGGAGCUGGACGAGCCGCGGAAGCAGGUCCCAGCCAAUUCAGAAAGACAGGACACACUUUUGGACAAGUUGACCCCCUUGGGAAGGCCCCAUGACUCACUGACUGCGCAGCUCCAUGCCAAGAAGAUUCAUCAGGAGCAGGAAUCUGGUGAGCCCCAGAGGAAUGCCACAGGAAAGCCAACCAGUGGUGACAGCUGUACAUAAAAGAAGCAGUUGAGCCAACCGAUAUGCUGAUGUUUGAGAAUACUUUUCUUAAUGGUAUGAGGGUGUCUCUGAUUACCAUGAUUUGCUUGAUCAUUAUUACCCUACUAACUCAGCAAUACUUCUGUCACACAUUAUACUUUCAUAAAUGCUUUACUAUACAUUCCCUCAUCUAAUCAAACUAUAGGAAAAGAGGGCACAGAGGUGAUAAGGAAACCAAAACAGCAGUCAUCUGCCAAAAUUUAAGCAGUUAUCAGACAAUUCCAACGCUGGAAUUUAGACCUCCUGGCUCUAACUUAGUCCUGUCAUUUCUAGCCAAAGAUAAUACGGCAUUUAGGUUCCAGAACAAUAUCAUCUAAGAGGAAAUAUCCAAACUUCCAGAAAGUCUACUGCCUGACUUAAAAAAGAAAAAAGGGGAUACCUGGGUGGCUCAGUCAUUAAGCAUCUGCCUUUGGCUUAGGUUGUGAUCCCAGAAUCCUGGGAUCAAGCCUUGCAUCAGGCUCCCUGCUUGGCAGGAAGCCUGCUUCUCCCUCUCCUACUUCCCCUGCUUGUGUUCCCUCUCUCUCUGUGUCUCCCUCUGUCAAAUAAAUAAAUUAAAUCUUUUUUUAAAAAAAUGAUCAUUAAGGAAGAACCAAUUUGAGAAAGACUGGGAGCAAGGGGACAUGGUGAUGACAGUGCAGAGCAGACUUCAUAGAAUGGCACUCAGCCAUGUGAGCCAGUGUUCCUCCCCCAGCUCAGGCACUGCUUCUGUCAUGCCAGGUGACCAACCACUGAAAAUCGUAAUAAAAUGACUGUCACAGUGAAGAUUCCUAGGUUUGUUGAGAUGGUGGUCACAGCAUGACCAAAUAGGUGACACUUUCCAUUCCCUCCAAAUCAUCAAAAGAGCUAUUGUAUUGUCUGAUAAAAUUCAUCUCAGCAAAUAUUGAGUACUUGCUAUUGUGUGCUGUUCUGUACUAAGCUUGGGGUUAAGGACAUGGGGAGCAGGAAGAAGGAGAGAACACGUCCAAUUUGUGAUAUUAGGGAAGACUUCUGGAGGACAGAGCAUUUGAGAUGGACCUUGAAUAAUACCUAGGAGAGUGGUUCUCAAAAGUGUGGUUCCUGGACUAUUAGUAUCUGUCACACCAGGAAACUUGUUAGAAAUGCAAAUUCUUAAGCUCUACUCCAGCUUUAUCAAAUCGUAAGUUCUGGGGUCAGGAAGCAUGGCAUCUGUUUUAAUAAGUCAUCCAAGGUGAUUCUGAUGCACAGUCAAGUUUGAGAACCACAGUGCUAGGAUCUGACAGCAAGAGAUGAUAGUUUCAGAAAAAAGGAUUCAACCCAGCACAUACACCAGACCAUCCAUUGUCACUUCCUACUAAUCUUCCUGGAUUUAUCUUGACCUACAUGCUCUUAAGUCUGCUUUUAAUUAUUAUCCUUCACACAUUCCCCUCCUUUGAUGGUUCUUAUUCACUGCAUUCCUCUCAGAUCCCUAAUCCCACUGUCCUCCACUUUUACUGAAUUUUACUAGCACUUAAGCACCUGUGUUUCAGGCCCCUACAUGUUUCUCCCAAACUUACCUCCCUUCCCAGCUCUGUUCCUCGAUCCCCGUCUGCUCCUCUUAAUUCUCCUCAGCACAUCUCCAGUCCCCAUUUACCACUCACUCUGCCUUUGCACAGGGUUGCCAGGUAAUCCACAUCAUUGGGAUCCACAUCACUGCCUUUUCCUCUCUUCUUAAUCAGCUCCCAAGAACGUAUUCCGCUGCUCUCUUCCCUACUGCCUCUUAAUCUCUUCCUUACAUUGUCAUAUAUGUUUUGACGGUGCCAAAUAUCUAGUUUGUGCAUUGUAUGUGACUUUGUUUUUUAUAACACAUUUAUAACAUUUAUGUGUUCGUUCUUUCAUAGGCUUUGCUUCUCAAACCUAGACUAGGACAUGUUUGUGUACUCUUUG